AUGUUGGACGUCUCGAAUGCCCGCCCGAUCGGCAUCCUCGCGGGAUACCUGACAGCCUGCGCUGCUCUGGCAGCUGUCAGCAUCGCUUCCAUCUACCGCAAAGCCGCUUCCUCAGAUGCUCUAUCGCGUCGUCGGCAUUCCAUCGUCGUGUUCAGCGCUUUGGCAGUCCUGAGCCUUGCCACAACUUGGUAUCACAUGUUUCGCUUCUUCCAGUGGUCCUAUCAGCAAUGGGCAUAUGCUCAUCCAGAGAGCCUUGAUGGAACCAUCCAUUUGGGAGAAUGGCUGCGCGACACGACGCUGUUCAAGCAGGCUUGGGUGUCGACCCUAGAAGAGCCGCCAAGAGCGCUGUGGUCUCUACAGAUAUUUGCGCAUUGUGCGAAUUGGAGCGUUAUGCUGGCAUCUUACGACAAGAAGAUGAAAAUACCGCACCUCUGGGUGUUUAUGCUCUUGGGUCAAAUCGUGGCUAUUUCCUUCGCUUUAAACCUAUCCUUGCUGGCCGUUCUUGUUUUCGAAGACACAGAUCCGACAGGAAAAGCAACAAACAGGGACAAGAACCAGCCACUCCCAGCAGAAACCCAUUCUGCUCUACGCAAGUCAUGGCUCGCCGUCCUGGCAGUCACAGUUGUCUGUGCAAUCGCUAUCCCACGGUAUCUCGACCACCCUAACUUCAUGUAUCUUCUCCUCGCUCCCCACGUUCUAGCCUUUGUUCCUCUACUGUUGAACAAGCUCUUCAGCGGUUCGGAACGCGCAGUCAUGGACCCACAGCCAUUGGAAGACACUCGCCGCAAUGUCAGGGCUAUCAUUGUUGUAGCAGCUAUCCACAAUCUUGGUCAUGAACAUGGGUGGACAGACUUUACGGGGGCUCUUUAUGAGCAUCCGGCCGUGAGCAGUGUUGGUUGGGAUGUUAUCUGUUGCUGGAUAACCAUUUCCGUAUGGCAUUGGGUUUCUUGGGCUGAUGAUUUCGAAAAUAAGAACGGCUUUCGCCCUUUGCAAUGGGUGCAUAUACGAAAUUACUAUUUGAAUAGGUUGUUUGGUCUACGGGAUUACCUGGCUCGACGUUUUAUGUAA